AUGCCAAUAGAAAAAAAAGAAGUUUUCAAAGCCAUAUUCAAGUCCAAAGAAAGAAAGCCAAUAAAGGAGGAAAAAACAAAACACAUAGAUAGAAAUAAAUUUGUCAAGAACAAUGUAAGGUACAUUGCUCCAAAUAAUGAAAAGGUUAAAAAAAAAGUUGAAAAUAUGGAAAGAGACUUGAAGAGGGACAAAAGAAGAACAAAACUGAUGAGAUUCUUUGACAAUAAAGCAAUUUCAAGAUCAAGUCCCUUGGAUAGUCGGCUCGGAACGUAUUAUGAAUUUGAAAAUGGAUUAAAAAUGAGUAUUAUUACCACAGAAGGAACAGAAGUCAGUAGUAUUACUUUGAAUUUAGAAAUCUCUGCUGAAGAUAUUAAGCAAGAAAAGAUCCCUGGACUUUACCAUUUAAUGAUUCAAUUACUAUUUUCUGAAAAAUUUUUAAAAAUAGAAUAUGAUUGGAAUCCACUUGAACUUUCCUCUUUUAGAGAAUAUGUAAAAGAUAUAGGAGGAAAGAUUAAUAUCCAAUAUAUACCUUCUUGUAUUAUGAUAAGUGUUGGAUGCCCUUCAAAACACUAUAUAAAAAUGCUGGAACAUUUAUUUGAUGCAAUUUAUUUGAAAAAUAAAGGGAAACCAAGAAAACUUAUUUUAAGGAAAAGCUCAAUUGAGCAAGCUAUAAAGAAUAUGAAUUUAAAUUACUUGGAGUAUAUCCAAGAUGAGUCUUAUUUACGCUUUGAAAUUUUGAGAGAAUAUAUAAAGAGUAAUUCUAAAGUAUUCCAAAGAACUACAAACUAUAAAACUAUUGAUUUACUUAAAAUGUGGUCAAUUGGAUCCGAAUCCACUGUAUUGUCUUUAAUUAAAGAAGGGAAUUUAGAAGCAGAAAUAAUGCAAGCUUAUAAUCGAAUAAUCAAUAACAGAGCUGUAAUUGUUGCUUUGCAUUCAAACCUUUCAAAUGAAAAACUGUUUAAAAUUUUAAACGAUUAUAAUAUUCCAAUUUUACAAGAAAAUGAGUUGGCCAAAGUAAGUAACAACAAAUUUAUAGGAGAUAAAAUUUUUUUUAAACAAUCAAAAAGUAAAAAUAAAAAUAACCAGAAUAAUUCUCAAUAUAAUCAAUCUGAGCUACCCCCUGUAACAGUAGCAGACCUGAAACCUUCAAUUAUAGUUAAUUCGCCAAUUCAUAACUCUAUGAAUAGCCAUGGAGAGAUUGAAAUUCAAUGGAUUAUUCCUGCCUUUUAUUCUUCUCUUUCCUCAUCAAACUCAAAACCACUAAAAGUUAUUUCUUAUUUAUUAGAAUCUGGAAGUUUGGUAAAAUUUUUGAAUAAAAGAAAAUUAAUAAAAUCGAUUAGUAGUGGAGAGGUAUAUUUUGCAGCUCAUUCUUCACAGAAGCUUGGAUUUACUAUAUAUUCAGUUAUUAUUAAACUUUCUGAAAAGCUUGAAUCUGAUAUUGAUCCAAAAUCACCACUAAUUCAAUUUAUUGUACAAUCCAUAUUUACUUACUUUAAUUCACUAAUAGAACAAAUAGAAGAGAGCCUAAUUAAAUUGGAUAUAAAAUCAUCCAAAAAAGAUAUUAUGGAGAAGAAAGAGAUUAAUAAGCCAUUUCUUGCCAUUUGUGAUAUAAUCCAAAUUGAAAAUUAUAUUUCAAAUUCAAAUUACCAAAUGAAUAGUGAAAGAGAUAACUAUAUUGAUUUCUUUGAUAGAAAUUUUGAAAUCACUGAAACUGCCGUACAAAACUUAAAGUCCCAUAAUCCAAGCGAAAUUCUGGUUGGUAAUAACCGUUUCUAUUCAAAAGUUAAAGUAAUUUUAAAAUAUGUAAAAUUCACUUUGGAAAAUGCACUAAAACCUUCAAAUUUUAUUAUUUUUAUUUCUUCAGAAUCUUUUUUUAAGAAUGAUAAUAAUGGAUAUAGAUAUAAUAAACUGAAACUUUCAUUCCCUGAUUCUCCAAACAUUAAUUAUUUUGAGCUAAAAUUUGAGCCAAUUUUUCUCAACUUACUUAAAGAACCAGAAACUUUAAAGAAAUAUGUCAUAAAACUAGAUCCUUUAAAACAGAUUGUAUUUAAAAACCAUAUAGAAGAUGAAUAUAAAUUUCCAAUCUCUCCACACCCACUUUUAAAGAAUUCAGAGUUAACUUUUUUAGAUGGUGGAUUUGAAUGGAAUUCAUUUUCGAACCAAAUCGAAGAUGAUAACCCAAUAAAAGGCACAACCCCUUAUAUAUCAGAACCAACAAUCAUUUCUCAAGAUGAAAAUAAUAGAUUCUUAAUGUAUUACUCACAAAUCAAUUAUCCUGAUAAAUCAAAUGAAAUCAUUCAAAGCUCUCUCUCUUCAGCUAUUAUUAGAUGGUACGAGAAUAUUGACUAUUCCCAAAUAUUAAGAGGCAAAGGUAAAAAAGGUAAUUUAGCCAAAAAUUCAAUACUUGCUUCUUUUAUUUCAAGAAUAAUUUUUACAAUAUGGGUAACUACAACCUUAUCUUUAAACUUUACUUCAUAUAGAAAAAUUGGUGCAACCAUUAAUUUCCAACCUUGUCAUCAUUUUGGUACAGCAUUAUCCACAAACUGUGUGCAAUUACAGGUUACAUCUCCAUCACCCAUGUUUCCAGAAUACUUGAAGGAAGUUCUUAAAUCCAUUAGAACUGUUUCAAUGCUUAAUAUAUCGCAAGAACUUUCUGAAAAACUUAAAGUUGAUGCAAUUAAAGAAAUCAAGCAGAAUAUCUUAAUGAAUAGUGCAACAAAUUCAUGUACGGAUAAAAUCAAGCAACUAUUUCUUCCAGAAAUAUUUAGUUAUAAAGAAGUACUUUCUGAAUUGAAAAUGCUGGAAAGUGAUGAAAUAAUGAUUCUUCUUGACAAAAAACUUGACAUUAAAAACCCCUUGAUAAGUGUUAUUGGAUUAAUCACACAUAUUGAUGAGCCAAAUGUUAGUAUUGAUAUAAUCAAGGAGUCACUUAUUUCCAAUGUGUGUUUUAAUGAUUUCAACUACCUCUCGAAUAUGCUUUAUUCAAAAAAUGUCCCUAAAAAAAUGAAAUACCCACAUCCUUUACUUGAAGAAAUUAACUCCUCAAAAACAAGAUUACUAUUUUAUACUGAAACCAAAAACCGAGAGGAUCAAAAUGGUAAUAAUGAAAACUUUGAAAUGUUGAUCUCCACUCUUUGGAUAUCUGUUUCUAAAAACGAUAUCCAAAAUAAAUCAAUGUUAAUUCUUCUUGUUCGUGUAAUCCAAUUCACUUUUAAAAAUAUUUAUCUUCCAACUUCACUUUUGGUAGAUAAAGCUCAGAGAAAAAAUAUUAAUUUACUUGUGAUCCCCUCUCCCUUCCUUAAUAAACUUGGGCUUCAACUAAUUAUUGAAGUUAUGAAUAAUAAAGUUUUUUCCAGUAGUGACAUUACAACCUCAAUGCUACUUUUGGAUUUCCUUUCAUUUAUUGAAAGCUCCAAAUUUACCGAACCUGACGAUAAUCCAGAUUAUAAUCCCAAAGAUAAAUCCAACUUACUCCAUCACUCUUUGAAUCUCAAUUUUAAACAAAUAAAAACAGAGGUUAUCCUCCAACUUCUUCUUUCUCAAACUCAAAUAGUGGCUCAAUCUUCUUACUUAUUUAGCAGAAUUGUCGAAUUUUUGGGAUCAGAAACCUUAUCUUUUUCAAAACCCACAAGUUCUAGUAAAAUUACCAAUGAAAAAGAACGAAUCAAUGGAAUAAUCAGAAAUACAAGUUUAACUUCUGCCAUUUCUUUUCUCAAAUCCAUUGUUUCGAAUAAUUCAAUGAUUUUAGUCGAAUCAAACUCUCAAAAUAACAAUUCAAAUAAUCCGUUGAAUGAAAUUAUUCUGAAAUACGGCUUCGAACUUGCUAACUAA